AAUAAGACUGUUUUUUUAAACUAGUUCUUGCCAAGCGAUUCCUUGGAUCAAAGAAAGAUCAUAACGUUCAUAUUGUGUAGACUCAAGAAUGUAGAGUUGCUUGGAGAGGUAAAAACUGUUCUUGAGCCGUAUUCUCAGUAAUAUUGGAGGUUUUUUUGGUAAAAUUUAAAAAUAAUAUGGAUAUGCAACUGCAAGGCUGCAAAUGUAGCUAACUUGAAAAGUUUAACAUACUUUUAUGAACAAUAGAACAAAGAUUAAAAGCUACUCUGUGGAGGAAACUGGAUUGCUGAAAGACUAUUUUGCAUGGGCCGUUUUUUCUUAACAGUGAAUUGUACAAUUUGUAGUAUUUUAUAUAGGUUUGAACAUUAAUUUAGUUGAAUAAGACAAAUGACAAUUGUGGUUAAGAAAUGAGUGGAUGAGUAUUGAGAUUAAAAACCAGAUUGAAUUUGUGAAUGAGAUUUCAAGCGAAGAAUGAGGAACUAAGAGGAUCAUUAUGAAAAGAGUAAAGAGUGCAGAAUAAGUGUGAUGAUAGUGAAUAGAAAUUAAAUGCAAAUUGAAUUGGGCAGAGCGAGUAAUAGCCCAAUUUCACUAUUUGGGUGGAUAUUUGAAGUCUUGAAGCUUCAGCUUGUGACUUUGGUUGUCAUUACUCUCUAGUUUUUGUAAGUUUUUUACAUUUUUUUUUCGUUCUAUUUGACUUGUAAUAUUUCUUUUUAUAGAAAAGUUUUCAUUAUUUUCAUUAAUUAUUGAUCACACGUUUCUUCUUUCAUUUAAUAUCAUAUAGAUAAUUUAAUUAGUUGUCAUACCUCUAAAUAUUUGAGUCAAACCUUUUAAUAGCAAAUUUAGGGGACAAAAGGGAAAAUGAAGUGGGACAUUUAUGCCAAAUAAACCUGUACAAAUUCUCGUUUAAGACUUAUAGUCAGAGUUUUGUAUUGGAUUAAAUAAUCCAAAUUAAUUGAUUAGAACAUUUAAUUUCAUACUUAAAAUACAUAUUUUUAGAUGUUUAAUACUUAACACUUCAUUUUGGAGGCUAAAAUUAACAGUUUUGUAUAUAAAGCACUCAUUUUAUUGAAUUUAGGCUUCUUAUAUGAGUCAGAGACGAUCUCAGGUUACUCAUAAACUUAUGGCUUGUUUGGUAAUCAUGGAUUCAUUUCUAAAUUUUGAAUUGCCUAAAUGAAGUGUUUGGAAAGUCGUAGAAACUUAGAAUUGGAAUUGGCCAAAUUACAACUCUUUUAGUUAAGGUUAGCACAAAACAGACAGAUGUGGAUUUUACAAGAUUUGAAAUAGAAUGCCUGAACUGUCAUAAACACUAUGUAUUAUUGAUAAAUUAAGUUGAAUAAAAUGUACUUUUAAAAAUAAUUCAAAUAAAUUAUAUGAUCCAUGUUUGGCUGUGAGCCUGUGAGCUUGUUUGCCUCUUAAGCUCACAGCCAAUGAAAAUUUUAGACUACAAAUAUAAUAAAAGUGAUGAAGGUUGGUGAAGUUGGUUAAUUCGUAUUGAAUGAUUCAAAGUAGUUCUUCACAGAAAGAAGCAGAACAGUAGUCAUCUUAUAUUGUAAAAUUAUAGGAGUAAUCAUUAUAUUUUACUCAAUUUGCUCUUUAUAUAUUUAUUUUUUCACUAUAUGACUAAUUUUACUAUUCUCUUUUCCCUGUCAAUUUUGCCCAAAAACCGGUAGAGAAAUUAAGAAAAAUGAGUAAAUUAGAAUAGGUGAGAUCAUUUAUUUAGCGUAGAUAUUAAAAGAAAUUUUUUUAUAAAAAAAAGUGACGAGAGAAAUAAAGUAAAAUGAACAGACUAAAAUAAUUUCAAAGGGAAAAACAACUGAUUUCAAAUUAAUCAAAAAUUCAACAACUUCAACUUAUAAUCAUACAACCAUUUUAUGAACACACAAAUUCUUAUAAAGGACCAUCUCUAAUUUACUUAGUCCAUUAUUAUUUUUUAAUUUAAUUAAAUUUUAAUGAAUUGGAUCUAAAAAUGUCUUUUAAAGACACAGUCUCUCUAGAGACUAACUAUUACAAACAACUCAAGAGUUUAUUUUAGUAAGACCAAGAGACUACAGAGCACUAUCUAACUAAAAAAGAUUUUAGAUAUUUAAACUAAAUAAUUUGUUUUUUCAGAAGGACAUGAAAAGUAUCUACUUUUCCAUUCAGAAACUGCUAAGUGCAAUGCGAGCCCCCAAUAAUUAAAUACUCAAUUCUCUUUUGAGCUUCACAGACCAACAGUCAGCAAAUUAACUUCAUAGCUUUGUCUAAAUUAUAUAUUUCAUAAUAAUCAAUCCCUAAAUUAUUCAACUUGGUAGUUUCCAAAAAGACAAAAUGAAAAUUUCAAUAUAAUUUCGGAUGCAUAUAUAUAUUCAAAAAAAUGAUUUAUAAAGAAGUGAAAAUUAAUAGUAGUUAGAAAUCUCCCUUUCAUGAAAGUUCAAAAGAACCAUUCAAAGAAGCUAAUUACUCUAUUUGUCCUGUUAGGGUUUUUCGAAUCAUAUGGUGUAAACUUAAAGGGACAAGACAGUUUUAUAUGGACGUAGUUUACACUAUUUUAGUGUGAACUAACCUUAAUAAAUGCAAAAAUUGUACGUUUUUCUACUUGAUAAGUAUAAUCAAGUACAAUCAUUGAGAAAUAUUUACUAUUUUUAAAUUGGUGCAAACUUAAAUAAAAUGGACUAAGUUCGUAAUGAAUUUUGCAUAAGGGACGGAAGAGUAUUUAGACACCAGUGGGUAUAAUUCUUUGUAUUUGUUUAAUCUAAUAAGGUAUUACAUUACGCAAUGGAUUUGAAAGAUCAUCAUAUUAAAUUGAUCUUUCCGCGUAAUUUACCCCUCAAACCCAGGGAUUCCUUCUUUAAAUUGACUUGAAAUAGGAAUACUUGCUUUCAAGUUCAAUACAAAACCAUGCUCUUUUCUGGAAUUCUACACCGUUCGAAAAUGGUCAGAUGAUAUCCGUCUUGCUACAGUUUAGCGCGCAGAAAUGGCCAAAAAGAGAAUAGUUCUGAAGUUGGGGAACGGGAACAACAAGAGUCGGGCAAAAAUACUACAGGCAGUUACGAAAGUUGAAGGUGUAGAAAAACUGGAAAUGAAUGGCGAAAAGGGUAUACUUACAGUUGUGGGGGAGGUUGAGCCAGUGCCAAUAUUUAAGGCAAUCAAGAAAGUAGGAGAAACCCCAGAAAUCGUUAGCGUGGGCCCACCAAUACCGCAAAGAUGUGGGCCCUACUGCAACUGCAGCUCAUGUCAAUUGUACGGCCAUCAACUGCAGAAGACGUGGAACGAACCUGUAAAUUCAUGCUCACUGGCACUGCCCUGCAGCUGCAAUAGACCCUGGUGCAAGCAGUGUGACCUAGUUGCUGUAGAUUACCCCCCGUCCGAUAACACAGGACAGUGCUCCAUUCAAUGAUAUCCUGAUUCUAUCUACCCCAGGUGACUAUUAUGAGUUUCGAGGCUUUUUAGAAAAAUUCUCGACGCCUUUUUUAUGAAAAUGAGCUACCCUUGGUUCAUGUAUGUCCUGUAUUUUUUUCUUUUUUUCGAAUAGUGUAGUUUAAUACUAGGGUGUAUACAAUUUCAUUUGAUCCAAAAUGUUUGAUAAAAAUUAGGUGAACUAAACAAAACUUUCAUAUCCGCAACACACGUCUUAUUGGUGCAGGAGUUAAGAGACUCUUUACAACCACCCAUCUAAACACAAAUACAAUGCAUGUGAUGCGGUUUAUUACAAUACAAUGGAGAAAGUCAAGGAAGAUGCUCACAUUAUGACAGAUAACAUUCUCACCAAUUUGAAACAUGAGAUCAACAGAAGGACAUUUGUUACUAUUAAUAUUAUAAAAAAUAACUCAGCAUAUGUCCACCUAGAUAUCUUUACUCACUAACAUCCUUAAACCUUAAAGGUGAUAACUAAGGUUCCGUUUGUUAUCGUUUUUUGCUUCCGGUUUUGAGUUUUUGAAAAUUAAGAGCCAAAAUCCGAAAGUAGAAAAAGUAAUUUCACUUUUUAGUCGUGAGUUUUCAAAAUUACCGUUUUCCUGAUGAAUUUGACUGAUUUUUGAUUCAUUAUACAACU